CAUUUUUUUUAGUUCUUGAUGGCAGCGGGCGGUGAGUGGACGCCCGCUUUGUGACGAAAACAUUUUUGUUUUAAAUAACAUAUUUGGACAGCGUAUACGCUCAGGACUUAUUGUUAAUUGUGCAAUAAUGUGUUUAAAGAGAAAAAGAAACGAUUAUCGGAGUGUUAUAUUAUAGCGCAGGUGUAAUAGUGUGGAGAUAGACGAAUUUGCUUGCUGCUAAUAAGAUGCACAGUAACGAACCUCCCCCAGCGACGGGAACGGGGCUGCUGCUCCAGCUGGGCCGGCUGGUGGUGCGCGCACGCAGCUCCAGCCCCGCGCCCCGACGCCACCAUAUCAACCCCUCCACUAGCCAACAGGUGAUUACCCAACCGAAGCCGGAGACGGACGAGCCCAAACCAGCAGUCGAAGCUCAACUCAACAGCCACGUCCACGCUCUAUGGAAUGACCAGAUACCCAUCUGUAUUGAGGUCCUGCUGGCUCCGGAUUGUCAAGAGUGCUACGCCUCCCUCAGCCGAGUGGAAGAGGAGGGCAUGUAUGACAAACUUCACACACAGCAGAAGGCAUUGCUGCUCGAACGAUGGACUAUAAGGACUAUUACUAGCAAAAGCCAUGAGACACCGUCGGCUAUUACCCCCCACUGGUUACUAAACGCGGUUCGCUCCCAGCUCCACUUCUCCCAACUGUCAGCUUGGAAAGCCAUCAUCAAGAAGACCGAUGACAAACCUGCUGAGAGAAGGAGAAAGCUGAGCCGUGAAACGUGCAAUUUUAAAAAAAUAGAAGCAAACUGUGACGAAACAGAUCUCGAAGAACGCAAGUUAAACGUCGUCUACUCCAUAAAAAUACCGGGGGAGAGCUACAAAAUAGCCGACUUCCCGAGACCACCCAAUGGCCACAAGUUUCCGGUAACGGAUAUCGGGAACAAUAUCUAUCUGAAAGUGGUCUUGGAAAGUCUGCCUCGCUUAGACGAUAUACCAGUAGUUAAAUGUACCUGCCAGAAGAGGAGAGCCAGAGAAGAAGUGCCUAAUGUGCACGACGAGCUCGUGGGCAAACUGAAUGAUCUCACAUUGGGCCCAAGGAACACCAAGUACCCGUCCGACGCCAACAUCGGAUCGAAUGGUCGACGUAUAUCUAUCAUCCCCAACCAAGGCAUCGAAUACAUGUACUCCUGUCUCGACAAAGACAAGAAGAUUGUCGAUGACAGGAUGUUGACGCCGUGCAGCGAAAGCGGGAAGCACAAAUGCAGUUGUGACGACGAAUCCGACGACAAAACCCACAAAACCAACUCCUUAAACGCCCAAGAAACCAAGAAGCUAGACGAACGGAGACUGAAAGAGAUAGCUAAAUACAAACGCCGUUUGAGAAAAGAGAGUAAACUAAAAAAGUUAUGCGAUAGUACGUCGUCGGAAGGUGACGGGCUAAAGGCUAAGGAAACACAUACGUCCAUACCGAUAUUACAAGCUGCUAGAUUCGAUAGAUUCCGAGCGAUUGGCUGUUUCAGAAAUCAGACUUAUUUAACGCUACCCGCCAGUCGCAUCGAGAGUAGAUCGCCGUUCGUUGAAACCAUGAGCAUACCACCGACCGAGUUCAGGAGGACCAAUACAGUGGCAACCCAGACGGAGGACAUGUCGUGUCAGUGUGGCAACUCGCUCCAGAUGAAGUGUGUCGGGUGUUUGGACAGGGGAAUGGUCAGGUCGCAGGGAAAUUACAAUUUGGCGUCUAUAGAGAGCGGGGCGAGGCGGAAACGCGAAGAGGACGAGAAAGCGUUUAAGAAGCAUAAAUGUGAUAAUAUUAGCAGUAAUUCACAGUGUGAUAUAAGUUUAGAUAAUUCUAGUGAUAAGUGUGACGGCAUUAUAAAGAGGCCAAAGUUGAGACGUUACUUCCCGAUAGUGGACCGUAUCGAGAAGGUUAUAAGUGACAGAUUCGCGCAAAACAACGAUAUACAGGAGUUAAAUUUGAGGGACGAUGACACGGUUUUCUCUAUACCGAAACCGGAACCGAAACGGCAGAAGACGUUCUCGAUAAGCGACGAUUACGUCCUUUACGAGAAAUGUGACUACGGUACCUUUGACAAAUGUGAAGUCGAAUCCCCUAGGGAGGAAAUUGAACAGAAUGGCUUUAAGUUUCCCGAUCCUAAAAAGGGUGGGCCCGAUAAUCAAGUGCCUUCGCCCACGGAAAUGGAUCGAUUUCGAUGGAGGUUUGAUUCUGCAGCAUCUAUGGUGUUUCACAAUAAGACGGGACUCCCUCUAACGUCGAGUCCCGCCCCGUUGAGAAGAGGAAACAAUUGUUUUGAUUUUGAUGAUUCGAUUAAUGGCGUGUCUGGUAUUAAGAGUGCGCUGUUCCACCCGAUCUCGCCGCCUCCCCCCGCGCCCGCGUCGCCCGCGUCCCCCGCGCGCGGGCCUCCCCCCCGCCGCGCCGCGCCCCCCCGCCUGCGCCUGGGCCCGAGCACGGGGCUGCUGGGCAGCUUCGAGGAGUCGGCGCUGAAGGGGCGGCUGGAGCCCGUGGCCACGGUGCAGGGCUUCGCGGCGGAGCUGGGCGCUUCGGGCGCCUUCUGCCCGCCGCACCGCCGCCUGCCCGUCACCGUGUUCUUCUACGCGCCCGGCGGGACCAACGCGCCCUACAUGGGCCACAUCAACCUGGGUCCGGGAGGCUACCGCGUGGCGCGCUCGGGCACCGUGCAGGUGUCGCUGUUCAAUCCGCACGGCACGCUGGUGAAGAUGUUCGUGGUGCUGUACGACCUCACCAGCAUGCCCCCCCUGGCGCGCACGUUCCUGCGCCAGCGCACCCUGUACAUGCCGGCCGGCGCCGACCCCCCCGCGCCCCACCACAUGCACAAGUGGCUCCGGUACCUGAUUCAUUUGAGAUUUAUGACUUCAAAAUCUGGAAAACUGUACCUGCACACCGAUAUCAGGAUACUGGUAUCCCGUAAAGCCGACUUAGAUACGGCUACCGCACAUUCCGCACUAUUCCGCCCUCUGCCGACCAAUCAGAACAAGGACGACGAGGUCGCGUCAUCGUCGACCAAUAAGAGCACAGAGCGCGACGGCCGAAACGCUUCGGACAAUCAGAAACCGGGACUAUUGACCAAUCGCACGCCGAACAGAGUUUUUGGCGGUUGCAGCGAUUUCGAUACAGAGAUAAAGAAUGAAAUGCGCGAAUUCGGUUACGAGAAUCAAAAUGGCGUCUCGUACGAAUUGAGAAGUUUCACAUACGCCCCAGAGAACCCUAAAUAUUCGCCGCGAUAAUAUUGGGCUAGUUUGAUGGACGUGGUGUAUUUGUUUUUUAGUGCCUGUCGAUGUAUGUAAUAAUUUUUGUGUUAAAAUAUGUAUGUACUAAUGAAAAGAAUAUAUUUUUUGGUUUUUAUAUA